AUGGUUUCUCGAGUGUUGGCAGGGUCGCUGGGGCGUGCUUUGCGGACGAGCGGACGUAGUGUGAGGCCGACACGGUUGUUUGCGACUGCGACGAGCAACAGCCCUUUCACUGAGGUGUCUACCCUGUCCAAUGGCUUAACGGUCGCCACGGAAUCGCAUCCUCAUGCUCAGACUGCGACGGUGGGUGUGUGGAUAGACGCGGGCUCGAGAGCGGAGACGGACGCGACCAAUGGCACGGCGCACUUCCUGGAACACAUGGCUUUCAAGGGUACCAACAGACGGAGUCAGCAUGCGCUCGAGCUUGAGGUUGAAAACCUCGGUGCUCAUCUGAAUGCGUACACGUCCCGGGAGCAGACGGUAUACUAUGCGAAGUCUUUCCGCAAGGACGUCCCGCAAGCUGUUGACAUCAUCAGCGACAUCCUGCAAAAUUCUAAGCUGGAGAACUCAGCUAUCGAGAGGGAGCGGGAUGUUAUUCUGCGGGAGCAGCAGGAGGUUGAUAAGCAGAUGGAGGAGGUCGUCUUUGACCAUCUCCAUUCUGUUGCCUUCGCGGGCCAACCUCUGGGUCGUACGAUCCUUGGACCCAAGCAGAACAUCCUUUCGAUCAAGCGUGACGACCUUGCCAACUAUAUCAAGACCAACUACACCGCGGACAGGAUGGUCUUGGUGGGAACUGGCGGUGUUGACCACCAGGAGCUGGUCAAGCUCGCCGAGAAGCAGUUCUCCACCCUCCCUGUCUCCCCCAACCCCAUCCCUCUCGGCCGCCUUGCUCACCCCAAGACGAAGUUCGUCGGCGCCGAGGUCCGUGUCCGCGAUGAUGACCUGCCCACAGCGCACAUCGCCAUUGCAGUGGAAGGCGUAGGCUGGAGCUCGCCAGACUACUUCCCCAUGCUCGUCAUGCAGUCUAUCUUCGGCAACUGGGACCGCUCGCUCGGCGCCUCCCCUCUCCUCUCUUCCCGUCUCUCCAACAUUAUCUCGACGAACAACCUCGCCAACAGCUACAUGUCUUUCUCCACUUCCUACUCCGACACCGGCCUCUGGGGUAUCUACCUAGUCUCUGAGAACCUCAUGAACUUGGAUGACUUGACACACUUCACGCUCCGCGAAUGGACGAGGAUGUCCGUUGGCCCGACCAGCGUCGAGGUCGAGCGGGCGAAGAGCCAGUUGAAGGCCAGUUUGCUCCUCAGCUUGGACGGCACCACCGCCAUUGCAGAGGACGUCGGCAGGCAACUCGUGACCAGCGGGCGGAGGAUGACACCAAAGCAGAUCGAGCAGGCUGUCGAUGCUGUUACGGUAGCUGACAUUCAGCGGGUAGCGCAAAAGUACUUGUGGGAUCAGGAUAUUGCUAUUGCUGCUGUCGGACCUCUCGAGGGCUUAUUAGACUACAACCGUAUACGCGCAGAUAUGUCGUCACUGGUGUAUUAA